AUGGAAGCACCCAACUCGAGCUACCAGAGAUUCAACAACAAAGAUUCCAACAGUCAAUUUUUCAACGAAUCGAGCUCAAUCAACUUGACCAGCCUGCCUCGCCAACAGACGCACGUCCCUUCAAAUCUAGAUUUAUGCAACGAUGAAUUGUUCGAUGAACUCUUCCCCAACAACGAAAAGCUUCCGCCCAGCACGCUAUCUAGCAAUAACCCCUCCCCAAGUGCUCCCCAAUCUGUCCUCUACGGCCACAUAGCAAACGAGCUGCGCAAAAACAGCAUGCCAGAAGCACCAAGACCACAAAGCACAAGUACUCUUCUCCAGACGCUCUUUCCUCACUCUCUUCCACAGCAACUGAGUAACCUUCGAAUGAGUUCUGGAGAAAUGCCAGCACAAUCGUCCCAUCACCGGAAUCGAAACCAGCUCAGCGAAUCAAGUGCCAUCGAGCAGCACAUGAUGUACUUGAUGGAUCAAACUCCCAAUCCAGUUCCUCUGCAAAUCUCAGAAGUUCCCGAGCACGAAGAACGGCAAAUAAAAGCCGAGCCACCAGCCAGUCCGGAUUCAAAUGGGCACGGUCAAGAUUUGUGGAUGCCUCCUAAUUCGUCUCAUCAUUCCAGUUAUGCGAAGAGUAGGAAUUCCAGCGUCGAUUCAGAUGAAGAUUAUGUUCCAUCGCUCUCCAAUACUACCAAAGAGCUGGUUUCGAACAUGAUAAAAUCUGAGCCGGUGGACAUUGAGGAGCUGACGAAGAAGCGCUCAAAACGUGGCCGGAAACGAAAAUCAACAGAAUCAGAAAACGAGCUCACCCGUGCCUACGACCGGGAAAGCAACGAAUACAAGAAGAAGCGCCUAAGAAACAACAUCGCCGUUCGAAAAUCGCGAGAUAAAGCGAAACAGCGACAAAUGGAGAUCCAGCAUAAACUGAUGGAACUAGCCGAAGAAAACAAGAGCCAAAAGCAAGUCAUCGCCAAGCUCAAGGAAGACUUCGAUAAGCUGGAAAGCUGCUUCAAAGAUCGAAACUCACGGCUUGAGGAAUCGAUAAAACUCAACGUCCGUAUGCGUCAAUUCAUCAAUGACCUUCCCCGAGUUCCAGCCCAAGUUCAGUAUUUAACACCCCCUUCCCUUUUCGAGCCCAUCUGA